ACGUCAUAAGGCAAUAUGGCGGAAACAGAACUAAAUGUUGACAGUCUGAUCUCUCGGCUAUUAGAGGUCAGAGGAUGUCGACCAGGAAAGACAGUUCAUAUGACAGAGGCUGAAGUUAGGGGACUUUGCCUGAAAUCAAGAGAAAUCUUUCUUAGUCAGCCCAUACUGCUAGAACUUGAAGCACCUCUUAAAAUAUGUGGAGAUAUUCACGGACAGUACACAGAUUUAUUACGGUUGUUUGAAUAUGGAGGAUUUCCACCAGAAUCAAAUUACCUCUUUCUAGGAGACUACGUAGACAGAGGCAAACAGUCACUGGAAACAAUUUGUUUACUUCUUGCAUAUAAAAUCAAAUACCCAGAGAACUUUUUUCUAUUACGAGGAAACCAUGAAUGUGCUAGUAUAAACAGAAUAUAUGGCUUUUAUGAUGAAUGUAAAAGAAGAUUCACAGUAAAGUUAUGGAAAACCUUCACAGAUUGUUUUAAUUGCUUACCAAUUGCUGCUAUUAUAGAUGAAAAAAUAUUUUGUUGUCAUGGAGGACUUUCACCAGAUUUACAGUCAAUGGAACAAAUCAGACGUAUUAUGAGACCAACAGAUGUACCAGAUACAGGUUUAUUGUGUGAUUUAUUGUGGUCAGACCCAGAUAAAGAUGUCCAGGGAUGGGGAGAGAAUGAUAGAGGUGUGUCGUUUACAUUUGGUGGUGAUGUUGUUAGUAAAUUCCUCAACAGACAUGACUUAGAUCUUAUAUGCAGAGCGCAUCAGGUAGUAGAAGAUGGUUAUGAGUUUUUUGCCAAGAGACAAUUAGUAACAUUAUUCUCAGCACCUAAUUACUGUGGAGAGUUUGAUAAUGCAGGAGGCAUGAUGUCAGUAGAUGAAACAUUGAUGUGCUCAUUUCAGAUUCUGAAACCCUCUGAAAAGAAGGCAAAAUAUCAAUACGGAGGAUUAAAUUCGGGUAGACCUGUAACGCCGCCAAGAGGGCCUCAAGCUCAGAAGAAGAAAUGACAGGAACAUUGACUUACGAGAAGAUUGCAGCUUGCUUAUGACAGAGACAUGUAUUAACAUAUCACAUUACACAGCUUGUUAACCAAACUAAGUUGGGCAGAUAAAGGAAAUCCAACCAUUCAUUGUCUAUGCAUCCCUUUACUAAACAAUUGCUGACCAGUUAAUGCUUUAUUUUAUUGUAGAGGAAAAAUUAGUGAAAAAAGAAUUCAUUUGGGCAUUUCAUUUUUAAGUUUCAGGUUUUCUUCAAUGGUUUCUGUCUGUCUGAUUAAGUCAAGUUUUGGUUAUGAUCUUUUUAAUUAGGAACACUAUAUAUAUAUACAUAUGUUUUUCAAAUGAUCUGAAUUGUAAUAGAUAUUAUUUUUUUAUAUUUAAUUGUUAGUGGUGAUCUAAUACUUUUCCUGAAUGAACCAAACAGCAGGUUGAGAAUAGCUCAUCAGACACUGGUUUUUCUGCCGAAGGACUAAUUCACAUGUGUUUGAUGUUAGGUCUGACAAUUCAGACUUCAGUGCACAUAGAAAACCAUUGACUAACUUCAAUUUAAUGUUUGAGAACUCUGUUUACAUGUUGAGUUUAUCAUUUAUGUUUACAAUAACAUUUUAUGUUAAGUCAUUAAUUUUUUUUCAUACCCUAGAGUUUGAUUUUGCAUGUGUAAUUAAUUUGGUACAUAAAUGCAGUGAAGAAAUAUUGCAUUAUUGAGUCAGUGCCCCAGGCAAAAGUAUAUAGAAGGCGCUGUGCCUUGCAACUGAAAUUUUGCACCUUUUUAAUGAUAAGGUAAAAACCAACUUUUCUUCCUUCAUCGUCGCCAUCUACUUGGGUUCAUAAAACACACACUUAAUCAUUAAAUAUGACACUUGCUACCUAUUUAUAAUCACCUAUGAAUUAGUCAUCACUUGCUCAGGUGAAAUUUACGACCCUCUCUUAUCCUUGUGCUCUAAAGCAUAUUGAUAACAAAAGAUUUUCUAACUUGUACCGAUUAAAUAAUAACAUUUUUAGUAAUAUAACAUAAAUGUCAAAUAAAUCCAUUUUUUUUUCUUGUGAAUGUGCUAAAGCGCCCUUUAUAAAUACACCCCUUUAUUUUAAAUCCUAGCUGGAACACUUGAUUUAUGUCUGCUCCAAGUACAUUUUAUAGAUAAAUACUAAGAUUAAGAUUAACAUUGUUUGUGUGAACACAAUUUAACUAUAAGACUGUUAAUUUUUGUGGCAGUUUGAUUUUUAAAGGAUAUGUAAUUAUUUUUAGCCCGCUGAGUGUUCAGGAGUGUGAUUUUUGUUUGAUUUUCAUUUGAUUCAGUUCAAUGUUGUACAUUUUGCAAUUUUGAGAAGGAUGAUCACAAAAUAAAAUUGGUAACUACAAACAAUGCAAACAAAUUGUGUUACAAAUUUUGUGAAUUUUAUAUUUUGAUUAUCUUUCCUGAAGGUCAUCAAGUAUAUUUUGUUUAUCUCUUCGUAUCAUUCAAUUUGUAUAGUUUGUAAUAUUGUAUGUUACAACCAGAAACACCCUCUGUUUAUUUACAUAUUAAUCAUUUGUUUAUUUUUGGGGCUGUUACAUGAUAAAGCUCAUUGGAAUGUAGGAAUACAAAUACGAUGAUUAAGGAUUUUAUUUGUGAGUCACCAAUCAGAUAAUUUAAAAGAAUAUUCUGAUUUUUUUGGUUAUUCUCUUAACAAAUAGUUAUGGGAUUGUUUUCUAAUAAAUGGUCAAACAAUAAACUGUUUAUGUGAACUUGUACACGAGUUGUAGUUUUUACACACAGAAAAGAUUUGUUUUUUUAAUACAUUCAUUUCACAAAUAUUUUUAUGUUACAUUAUUCAUUGACCUUGUCAGAUAAUUUUAUUUAUGCAAAGUUCAUUUUCGUUGUAAAUUCAACAUUCUUGUAGAUGUUAAUUGUUCAUAAAUUUAAACAUUAAAUUUGGAAAUGAUAUUUACUACAGUGCACAGUGGUUCACAUUAACCUCUUUUGUAAAAAUGAUUUGUAAAACGUAUAAAACCACAAAUUAUUCAAGAAACCAUUUUUUUUAACACAUACCAAGUACAUAAGGGAUGCUGUAAAAGCAAUAACAUGUAUAUUAACAAAGUAAAUCGAGAGGAAAGGCUGUAUAGAAGACAGGGCAAUACUUCUGAUAAACAGACUUAUCUAUGCAUACAUUUAUGUCUAUUGUUACUGUUGUCCUCAUAUCUUUUUGUUUGUUAAGUAAAUUAUUUAUACCUACGCUAUAUGACAUUUAAAUAAAAAUAAUAAUGUACAGUUGAAA